AUGAAAGUGCGAAAGGGUGUGCAAUGGCCUGUGGUGAUGUUUGCGCUCUUAUGCGGAGUCGCACGGGCAUCCAUGGGGGAUCAUUUACCGGAGUUUAAGGAGUGUGUGAGGGUUUGUACUGAGGCGAAUUGUGGGGAGGGGAAGGUGGUUGAUAUACCAUUCCACCGCCGUCUCCUCCUCUGGGAUUGUCCCUCGGAAUGCGAUUACACGUGCCAACACAUUAUUACGCAGCAGCGGCUUGCGCGCGACCCGCCGUACAUGCAGCCUGUAUAUCAAUUCCACGGCAAGUGGCCGUUCUACCGCUUCCUCGGGGUCCAGGAACCGUUUUCCGUCAUCUUUUCGCUAUUCAAUUACCUCGCGCACGACUGGGGUAUGACACGCCUGCGCGAACGCAUCCCGGCGUCGUAUGCGCUGCGGAAAUACUACUUGCUGUUUGGCUAUGUGGGGCUAGCGAGUUGGACGUUUAGCAUGAUUUUCCACACCAGGGACACGGGGCUCACGGAGAAGCUGGAUUAUUUUGCGGCGGGCGCGAAUGUGUUGUAUGGGCUUUACUAUGCGCCGAUUCGCGUGUUCAGACUCGAUCGCCCGGAGCCGAGGAAGCAGAGCUUGCUACGACUGUGGACGGGGCUGUGCAUUGUGCUGUAUACGCUGCAUGUUUUGUAUCUGUCGCUCUGGUCGUGGGAUUACACGUACAACAUGGCUGCCAAUGUGGCGGUGGGGAUUGUGUCGAAUAUCCUGUGGAGCGGCUUCAGUUAUGUGCAGUAUAAGAAGAUUGGGCGCACGUGGGCAGUUUGGCCCGGUAUCUGCGUGGCGUGGAUCAUCAUGGCCAUGAGUUUGGAGUUGUUGGAUUUUCCGCCGUGGAAGGGCAUGAUUGAUGCUCAUAGUCUGUGGCAUUUGGGCACCGUGGUGCCCACCAUCUUGUGGUACAAUUUUCUCCUCCGAGAUGCGCAAGAGGAUAUUGCAGGUACGCGGCUUAAGGAUUAA